GACUCAUAUAUGUAUAUUUACAAGUAUAUUGUUCGCAAGCCAUGCUUGCACUCUCGUUGAUGCAGUGUGCAUAUACAUAGAUGUAACGUACAUACAUAGUGAUGAAGCGUAGACGACAGAUCGAUAGAAGAGAAAGAUCGUGGUCACGGGGUACAUGGUACAUGGGGUAUGGAAAAGGAAAGUAAAAUAACGAGACAGUAGAGAGGGAGUGAAAUGGACAUUAGGUGGGUGCGAGUGGUUGCGUGGUUGUCGGGGUGCUGAGUGACAAGGGUGGGCGGAGCGGGCGGAGUGGGCGGCAAUGGUCAGGCGGUGAGCAUAAAGAGGAUAGGAUAAUAUCGGUUCGCGAUCUCCGCGGUAGCUUCAAGUUCGCCGCUUUAAUACCGGCAGAUCUACGAUGUAGUUAUGCCGAAGAAAAGUACAAGGCAUGUGAGAGAGUCGGGGUUAACGAGAAGUUCACAUCAUAAAAACAGCAAUCCUGGAAUAGCACCGGAGUCGAAAACGAAACACUUUCGAAGCGUUCGCAUUGGUCUUACGAACGGCAAGCGUUGGCUUUCUCUUAAGAAGCGCUUAGGUCUGUCAACGGAUGAAGAUGUUGCAGUUUAUUUACUUGAUCUUGCUGAAUCUGCAUCCAGGCACAACACCAAGUGCAAUGAAGAAGAAGAAAGGGAAAUGGAUCAGGAUGAGGGGGAUAAAGCUGAAACGAUGUCGAAUGAAAAUUUGAUAGAAGAUACAAGGGAAUCUCUACGUAGGAGCUUGAGGAAACAAAAUAGUGGAACAGUACCAGAGUCUGAGGCACCCUCUGUUGAUCUAGCCCAAUCCAAAUUGUCAGAUGACAUUGAAUUGCGUGUUCUACGUAGUGCAAGAUCCAAACAUCAUAAAAAUAAAGCUAAGCAUCACAAAGAUAAACGGAAAAAGAAGAGACAUCUUAAAACAGUUGAUCCUGUUUCACCGGUAGAAACUGUUAAUAGACUAUCUAGUGAUGUAGCAUCAGAAGAUGAGGAACAAAUUUCUAUUAAGACAGAUAAUUCUAGAUUACUUGGUGAUAUAGAUGUCAAGUCAAAUUUAAAAAAUAGUCUUCGCGCUUCUAAGAAGACCACAGAAUCUGUAAUGGCAAAGACUGAACACAUAGAUAGUAUAGAGUUUAUAGAAAAUGUAAAUACUAAUAAAAGUGUAGUUUACCAUGAAAUGACAAAUGUUGUGGAAAAGAUUACAAUGGAUAAUGAUAAAAAGGAAUAUUCAAAGUCUAAUAAUUUAACAACAUCUCCUAUUACUCAAAGCAUUGAAAAUGAAACAGAACAAAUCACGAAUUUAACAUCCAGCACAGAUUUUCAUGUUGAUCCCAAUGAGACCAAGGGUGAAGAUAAUGUCUCAAGUGGUAUUCGGCGUGAUGAUCAACACGAACUUGUUAAUACAAAUUCUUAUGAUUCAAAUAUUAAUACAAAUACGGUUCAAGAAGUCGAAGAUCGAAAAUUGAAAAGGAGACGAAAACGAUUGAAGUAUGAUAUCGAAGACGAAAACGAUGAAAAUAUAAAAGAUGAUUCAUCUGAGGAUAUUAUAGAUGAUUCUGUACACAAACACCGAAGAAAAAGGCACAAACAUACCAAUGAACAUAAAAAUCGUAAGCAUCACGAUGUACGGAAAGCGCCACAGGAUGGGAUAAUUAUGCAGGAAGAUAAGAACAUUUGUUCUGUAGCAAAUGAUACAAUGGCUGUUAUGGUUGAGAAGCUUCAAACUGAAACGAACGUUGAAAAUUCGAUGUCUGAGCCUCAGAGAUUAGCCAUUAAAAUAAAACUUUGCCAGGAGUGCAAUAAUCGUCAUUUGCAAGAUGCUUGCCCAUUAAAUAUGCCUCAAUAUACAAUUCCCGAUUCAAUAUCGUAUGAAGAUUGGUUAGAUAAGCAAAAAGAAAAUAUUGAAGUUUUAAAGGCUAUCAAAUCGGAUGAUCCUAUGUCUGAAGGAUAUGGGAAGAUAACAGACGAUAACACAGAGUCUGAUGAUGAUUCUAUGUUGAAUGAACAUUGCAAAACGAAAGCAAAGGCUCAGAAAGAGGAGAAGCAAUUAAUUCUAGAUGCAGAUCGACCAUUGUAUGCCAGAGAUUCUUUGCCUGAAUGUUUUGAGUUAAAAAUCACUAAUUCGGAACACGGGCUCGGAAUAUACGCGAAAAAUUCUGUUCCGAUGCAUGUUAAACUAGGUCCUCUUGUUGGGAGGCCAGUUAAGGAAAUGGAUAUUCCUGACGAUUUCCCGAUGAGACAUAUUUGGGAGAUAGAUAAUAAUGGUAAAACUUUGUACAUAAGUACCACUGAUCCAUUAAAAAGUAAUUGGAUUCGUUAUAUUAGACCGGCUGACACGAAAGAGGAAAGAAGCGUAGCUGUAAUUACAAAACAAGGAGAAUUGCAUCUUGUUACCACCCAAAACAUUGUAACAGGAAUGGAAUUGACAUAUUGGGUAGAUUCUCAGUCUUCAGGAUGGACACGAAAAAAUAAAGUAGACAAAACGAAUUGCGGGGGAUGUAAUUUAAACUUUGCCCAUCCGAUAUACUAUCGUUUGCACUGUUGCAUCUUUCACGACACCAAUUACAGUCUGACCAUAAGAAAAUAUCAUUGUAAGGUAUGCGGAGCUGCUGUUUUAGGUAAAGAUAACAUAAUGAAACACGCUGCAGAAUUACACGCGGGUCGUGGGGCAUAUCAGUGCCAGUAUUGCAAGAAAUUUUUUUUACGAUUGAAUUACCUCGAGAUGCAUCGAACUUAUGGGUGCGCAUAUAAUCCACAACGUUCGAGACCACUCUGUGAUUUUUGUGGGCGUAAAUUCUGUCAGCCACAGAAAUUGAAAGUGCAUAUCAAACGGAUGCAUAGUGACAUGUCCGAGGUACUCCGGGAGUUUCAGUGUAAACUUUGUCUGAAACUUCUUGGUUCCCGCGCGGCGCUCCAACGACAUAUGAAGGAAGUUCAUCAUAAAGAUGUCGUUGGCGCCGCAACUUGUGAUCGAUGUGGAAAAAUGUUUCAGAAUAAGAGUAACUUAAAGAUACACAUGUUAACGCAUAGUGGAGUGAAACCGUUCAAAUGCAAAGAAAGUAGUUGCAAAGCAGCUUUUACCACGAAGCAAUGUUUACAAUUUCAUUAUAAGAAAGUACAUGGUCUUACGGAAGAAAUGAUGCCAAAAAUUGAACGAUCUGUUGCAUACACUUUCGAUGCAUAUAGCGGUGGACUUAUCGAAGACGUUGGUCGUGGAAAGACUCCGCGACCAAGUAAACGAAUUUCUCAGCAGGAUGAUAAUAGCAACGAAACAUCUUUAGACGAUAGUAACUCGAAACAUGACUUAAAAACAGAGACACCAAACAGUUCCACUCAUUCGACUAUUAUCGAGUUUGGAACAAGUUCUGUGUCUAAAUACAAAAUGGAGCAUAAUCCAAGAAUUUCCACGCCAUCGCUUCCAAUGAGCGUAUCGGCAUCGAGCAGUUUCGAAACAACAGUGGAGAAUAUUCGAACAGAGACAGACCUUUACGGUACUUCUAGAUUACAAAGUAAAGGCAGUAAAAAGUGGCUCGGAGAGUUUAAUCCUCCGAUUACUUCGGAUUCAACCAUAGUAUCUAACACGAUCUCGCAUUUAUCGUCAAAUAUCGUUACUGGGAGUACUUAUGAUUUUGAAGAGAGUAGAAAAGAAAUCGAUGAUAAAGUUACGUCAUCGACUAGUACAACUAGAGUGCAAGGAAUUAUGGAGAAUAGUAAGUUAGGACUUAGUGUUUAUAGAAGAACUGAAAGUGCGAGUGCUAGUUUGUUAGUCGAAGCAGCCCUUGAUGCUGCUGAAAGAGAUAUAGGAGCGGUAACCAGUCCGAUAUUGGAGGACAACGACCGUGAUACAAAUCUUUAUUCGAUCUCCAGUCAGCUACAUUCUCCGUUACCUCAAAGAUCACCGAAUCACUUGGAUUCCUACAUACAGCAACAAGAAGAACUUAUAUCACCCGCGCCUACACCGGACAAUCGAAAUACACCGCCCACGCAUUUACACGUUGAUUAUCAACUGCACCGACCUGUUGAUUAUAUCGGUACACCAAGGACACAUAAUAUCGAUCAGUAUUUACACCAUGAGGAGAUGCCACGAGUUUCUUCGCCGAACAGUUACAUUCACAUGCAACAGGAAGAUUUAGUGUCACCUUCGGCCACGCCAAAUCCGCGCUAUCAAGGUGUACAUCAUCAUCAUCACCACCAUCACCACCAUCAUCAUCAUCAAAUUCCCACAGAUAAUUUGUCCAGUGACGAAGGUGAUUCCGUUGCCCAAAAUCUCAGCCUUUCCGUAAAAGAAAAGGCAAUGCAACUAGAUCUUUCGACGUCGUAUAAAUAUGACUCUCUCGAUCAAGAUUUUACGAGGGAAAGGUCGAGUUUCGAGCCCCUCGUUCUUAAUGGAGAGCUCCAAGGUUUGGACAUGUCUGCCAGAGGAUUUCAUCAUGGAUUUGGUGUUCAAUUACCAAACUCAAGAUAUCAUCAUCAUCAUUUGUACGAAAUUACGGAAAGACAGAGCGUUGAUCUUAGCAGGACUGGUGGUUAUUCGAUAUCGUCACCCACUUCUCUUUCUGUAACUGCUCAGAUAUCUUCCGGUCCUUCUGUCGCUGUGGCAGCUCCUCUGCCACCGUCUUCAGCACCACCUCCGCCUCCUCCUCCUCCACCACCACCACCGCCUCCACCUCCAGCUCCUCCACCUCCUCCUCCACCGCCUCCACUACCACCUUCAUCAUCUUAUUCUCAUAGUGACGUUUUGAGAGUCGUUAGUCUAGAUCUUACUCCCGGUGGACGGCACACUGUCGAUCUCACUCUUUCGAGAUCUCAUCAUUUACACGGAUCCGGAGCUCGCGUAAUAACCAGUCCUCAAUCCACAGCUUCCGGUAAUCCACACAUCGUACCUGAUGCGGUGGACGGACGAAUUUUAUCUUCCCCUCCUCCACCGCCUCCUUUGUCAGGAUAUAAUCCGAGUUAUCCUGUGAGUCCUGCACCGUAUCAUCCACCUAGACCAGGUUAUCAUCAUUACUCUGGUUAUUACUAGAGUAAUUCAUCAUUCAUUCUCCUCAAACGUUUGCAAUACUUUCAAUUAUUUUUGCUCUGAUUUAUUUGUUUAGUUUCUUCUUUUAUAUGUACUUUCUUGAAAUAGUCUCUUCCGUGUAGUGCAUUAUUUUUCUUGAAAAUCCAUUACAGGUCCUCUGUGAACUAAUUACAGAACGUGGUUUUCUUUUUUUGGAUACACGCAAAGAGAGAAUCCAAAUUUAAACGUUUUUAAAACCGCUCGUAGAACCUCACCUUUCGGAUUAAAGUACAAUCCUCAAACAGAGAUGCGCACAAACAUUAGAAGGUAGAAUGUGAAUGCCGAAAAUUGUAUAGCAAAAUGUGAUGUGUAUCUUUUAUUUUUGGAGUGAAUAUUAUUUUUUUAAACUAUUUAUGAACAAAAUUGUAGGAGAAAAUUUGUUGGGCGAUUACAGGUACGAUACGUAAUUAGAAGAACCAAUUAAUUUUUCGUCUUUUCCAAAAACGUUGUAAAUCGUGGUUUUAAUUAGUCGUGACAAUUCUCGGUUCAGGGAGAAAAAUCAAUCGAGUUGCCUAAUGAUAGCUGUAAGUGAAAUCUGCAUAGUGAUAAUGAAACUUAAAUGUUCAUUUUUAUUCUAGUCAUAUUAUACUCGUUUCAAAGUAUUAAUUGUAAAUUAUACUGUAAUGUUGCGGAGAUUGCAAAUGAAUCGUUUGCUAUAAAAGUUGCAAUUCUUUUUUUUUUUUAAGCAGGAAGAGUCAUAGAUUAAGAUUGACAAUGAUGAAAUCAAUUUCAUUUGCAAAAUCUACAACUAGGCGCACAUUGCUUUUAAUCCUUUUUUGAUUUCUUUUUUUAUGAACUGUUUAUAAGAACCAAAGAACAAGGUAUCGUAAAAUCUUUGUGCCAAAAUAAGAUAUUCAUCAUUGUACGUAUGUUUUUAAUAUAAACCUACCGAUUAUUUUGUAUUGCGUAAGAAUAUUUGUAGUGCUAAUGAUUAGUAGCUAAAGUAUAGAGCACAGUAAGUAUGUGUGCAUGUUCCGCGUGUGUGGAUGCGUUUUAUGCAGGUGUGUGUGUAUAUACGAAUGUAUAUUAUACGCAGGUAUGUAAAUAAGUCGAUAGAUGUGUAUACGUGUUGCACAUCCUUUUAGGUAAUGAAACGACGAGUUUUUUAAUUGCUUUAAUUCUGAUCACUUUUUUACGUAUUUUUAUUAUUAAUGCUUUUUUUAUAUUUUAUAUUAUGUUUCCGUCAUUUAGGGCUUCCCAUUUCUUAUUAGAUCAGUUAAAGGUUUUGUUUUUGUUGUUUUUUCUUUCUUGUUUAAAAUGAGAGUAUUAUAAAUAAACGCGAAAAUAAUAAAUUUCCCUUCUUGUUCGACUAUUCAUGUAUUGCUAGCUAUAAUUAUAAAAAAACUUCAAACAACAAUGUUCACAAGUACAAACAUUACAUGGAUUACAUUUGUAUCGAAUUUCAUAAUAUAGCAAACAAGAUUAAUAGAAUAAAAUAUAAAGAUAAUAAUAUCA